AUGCUCAAUGAAUUUCGAUACAUUUUUAAUAUUGACAAGCUGCAUAGCCCGACUUAUCAGUUCAUUCAUCCGGAGAAGCCAUUCCGUUUGACCUUUGCUGGCAGUUCAAAAAAUAAAAAGAGAGACCUGAACGUCGUUGGAUUCGUGAGUGCCAACGGUGGAAGCACAAGUACUUGUAACCAAGCCCUGGCCUACAACCUCAAAAACGGCCAUCUCUACGAUGCCAAUGGCAAUGAAUACUCGACUAAUCCCGGCACCAAUUACGAGCCGUUUGUGGCGCCAUCCAGCCCUGGAAGCAUUACGGGAACUUUCGUGACGUACUCUGACGGCACUCUUGGCUGGAUCAAUAGUGCUUUCUCGAACGGACAGGCAUCCUUCUGUGUUUCCUCUAGUGGAACUGUAAUCGUUGUAUACCAAUUUGGGACACAACCCGCGGGCUGUAUUUUCGUCAACUUAGUCGUCGCUGGCGUGACGGCCUGUUCGAAUUCCACGUCAAUCGUCGGUCAAGGUCCACCUGGGCCCACCGGUCCUACCGGUCCAAUAGGUCCUACCGGUCCAACAGGUCCUUCAGGCCCGAGCGGUGCUUCUGGUCUGCCAGGUCCUUCAGGCCCGAGCGGUCCCUCUGGUGCUGCCGGUCCCUCUGGUCCAUCUGGUGCUGCCGGUCCUUCUGGUCCCUCUGGUGCUGCCGGUCCUUCUGGUCCCUCUGGUGCGGCUGGUCCUUCUGGCCCCUCUGGUGCGGCUGGUCCUUCUGGCCCCUCUGGUGCGGCUGGUCCCUCUGGCCCCUCCGGUGCUGCCGGUCCAUCAGGUCCUGUUGGUUCUACUGGUCCUGCAGGCCCCUCUGGUCCAUCUGGUGCUGCCGGCCCAUCUGGUCCCUCUGGCGCAGCCGGUCCUUCUGGUCCCUCUGGUGCGGCUGGUCCCUCUGGUCCCUCUGGCGCUGUUGGCCCUACAGGUCCCUCUGGCGCUGCCGGCCCCUCUGGUCCAUCUGGUGCUGCCGGUCCCUCUGGCGCUGCCGGCCCCUCUGGUCCAUCUGGUGCUGCCGGUCCUUCAGGCCCGAGCGGUCCCUCUGGUGCUGCCGGUCCUUCUGGUCCCUCUGGUGCGGCCGGUCCUUCUGGUCCCACUGGCGCUGCAGGCCCAUCUGGUCCCUCUGUUGGCCCUUCAGGUCCCUCUGGCCCAACUGGUGCAAUUGGUCCUAUUGGCCCGACCGGCCCGUCUGGGCCCUCUGGUCCCGUGGGAAGUGCUGGACCCACAGGCGCUGUUGGACCAACUGGCCCUACAGGCGCGACUGGACCGGUUGGCAGCACUGGACCAUCGGGGCCAUCGGGGCCAUCGGGACCUUCUGGUCCAGCUGGACCAACUGGCGCAGCCGGCUUUGGAUAUUCUUUCUUGGGAUGCUUUAUCCAAACUGGUGGUCAGGGAAGCUCAUCCGGAAACGCCCUCACUACUUACGAAGGGCUGUACACAGCAUCGGACGACUCCACGUGCGCAUCGACUUGUGCUGUCUCUGCCUAUAAUUAUUUCGGAACUGUUGGAACUCCAUCAGGAGCGGCGACUCCCGGUGCGUACUGCUAUUGUGGUAAUACCAUCAAUCUGGUGCCAAUGGCAGGUGUUGGCAGCGGCCAAGUUCUUAUUACGAACUGUGGUGCAUGCCCGGAAGGCCCCGGACUGUGUGGUUUCAACGGAACUACCGUAGCAGUAUAUGCUCACGCCUUCUAA